AUGGAAACCAUUCCGUCCGAAUCAGCUUUCGACAAUGUCUCACGGCGCCUGUACGCCAUCGCAUUUGUCGCUGUGGCGUUCUUUGCUGUCGGCCGCAUACGACAGUACUUGCGCCUGAGACAUUUCGCCGGACCUAGGACGACGGGAUUCUCUUGGUUGUGGCAUUCCAGAGCUGUUAUCAGCGGCCAAUCUCCUCGGUACUACGGCGAAGUGUGCGAGAAGUACGGGCCGAUUGCUAGGGUUGCACCCAACCAUCUCAUAACAUCGGACCCAGAAUUUUGGGCACGGAUCAAUGCGGUGCGUUCACCAUAUGCGAGGUCAUCUUGGUACUACCAUUGUGCUCGAUUCGAGACGGGAAAAGACAAUGUCUUUACAGAUUGCGACAAUGAUAGCCAUGAUGCAAGACGCAAGAAGAUGACAUCUGGGUACUCUGGUAAAGAGAACCCAACACUGGAGCCCUCAAUUGAUCUUCACGUCAAAGAACUUGUGGACUUGGUGCACAAGUAUGCACUACCAACAGCAUCAGUAGAACAAUCUAAACCGAUGGAUCUAGCCGAGAAGAUACCCUUCUUCACAUUGGAUGUUAUCAGUCAUGUUGGCCUUGGACAAGCAUUUGGUGACCUGAAAGCCGACAAGGAUCUCCAGAAUUACCUGAAGUCGAGCGAAGAAGGUCUGAAAAUUGGCAACACGGCCUUUGCAAUGGGUAUAGCCUGGCUCAGAGAUACGCCUAUCAUCGGACCUGCCAUCAGUCCAUCGGAAAAGGACGCCAAUGGCUUCGGUAACAUGAUGGCUCAAGCACGAAAGAUAGUCAACUCUAGGAUGACGAAGUCAACUGAUGACAAGUCUGAUAUGUUCGCGUCAUUCGUUCGUCAUGGUCUCUCUGGAAAUGAUCUCUUUCAAGAGGUGUUCGAGCAGAUUCUCGCUGGCUCCGACACUACGGCUGCUGCUAUCCGGGCUAUCCUGCUCUAUGUCAUGAGCCAUCCACGUGUGUAUGCGAAGCUCCAGGCCGAGAUAGAUGAGUCAGUCAAGGCUGGUACGGCGCCUGCAUCUCCCGGUAUCAUCUCCGAUGCAGAAGUGCGCCGACUGCCGUAUCUGGGAGCUGUUGUUCGGGAAGGGAUGCGGAUGCAUCCGCCCGUCGCCAAUCUCUUCUCAAAGGUUACGCCAGAUGAAGGAGAUGUCGUGACCAUUAACAACAAGGAACACUUCAUCCCCGGUGGGACUUUGGUAGGCUACUCGGCCUGGACAAUGCAUCGUAACAACCGCUCUCUUUACGGCGAGGAUUGCGGCACAUUUCGUCCCGAGCGCUGGCUCUUUGACACAAGCGAUGCGGGCGAGAAGGCACGCUUAGCCCGGAUGACAAAGACUAACGAUAUGAUCUUUGGCUACGGUCGAUGGCUCUGCUUGGGACGCAACGUUGCGUUGAUCGAGAUACACAAGUGCGUCUUUGAAUUGUUGAGACACUUUGAUCUAUCAUUGGCCAAUCCAUUGGAGCCGUGGAAGAUAUUCAACUCCCUCGGGCUCUGGGAGAUCAAGGACAUCAAGAGCUUGCUCCAUAUCAAGCCGACCAUGGCAGCGACCUUCAGCCGCCAUCACAACCUCGAUGGCGUGUGUGCGUAUAGUCACAGCAGCGCAAUCGCGACCCCCCAGCCAGCGUACGAUGGCUUUGCAGCGUCGCAUCGCCAUGGUGCAAGCCAACAGAGCAGCAUGGCAGUGCAACAGGCGGCGAGUAUGAUCAGCCACGGCCAACAGCGCGAAGACAGCUACUCCCCAGACGACACGCCCAAAACCUGCUUUGUGGGCGGCCAGAACACAGUAGCACUGCCGCCGGGCAGCAACGAAGCGGCCGACAGUCAGUUUGCUAUGCUCCCGCCCUCCAGCUCGGUCCACGCUUCAUGGCAAGCACUGCACGACUAUGCCCAGUCGCACGCCGCGCAGAACGGCUACGCCCUGUCCAUCAAUACCACGGCCAAGAACCGAUCCCGCAUCAAGCUCGCCUGUGUCUGCUAUGGACAGCCCAAGAACACACACAAGCUCACCGCUGAGACGAGGGUCAGGAAGAACAGGGUCAGCUACAAGACGGGGUGCAAGAUGUGGAUCGAGGGCAGGAGACAGCACGACGGCACGUGGCUGCUGCGCGUGGGUGAAGCGCAACACAACCACCCUGGACGACAAAGCGCGGGAUGGGCCGUACAGCGGAAGAGGACAUGGGGAGUUGUUGGUGGGCGCAUCGGCGUGGGAGGCGUCACGGCCAAGGAGGAGCUCGCCAGGUUGAGCCUCUCGGACAUCAAGGACACUCUCGACGACGCGGAUGCCGAAGCCGAUGGCGACCCGCAUGUGGAAAGCACGUCUGUACAGGCACCGAGGAAGCCACAACACAGUCUCGAACGUGGGGGUCUCGUGUGGAAGAUAGUCGAACAAGAGAUGCUUCGCAAGGGUGAACCAAACCAGGGCCGCGAUCGAGGCGUUGGGAGGACUGUGGAUGUCUUGCAAACGAGGCUGCCCGGUAUCCACAUCUUUAAGCGCGACGUAUACAAUAUACGAGCGCAGAUAAAGAGAGCGAGAAAGGCAGCCGGUCAACAAAUCGGUGAUGGCCUCAACAGCUCAGACGACGACGCUGAAUCCGAAGCACACGACACCACCCAAAGUAGUACAACCGUCGUAAACCCACUCAACCACCCACGCAUACAGCAACCGCCAAAUACGUACCAGCAGCCCGCUGUUCACGCCCCCAGGCUCUCGGUACCCUUCCCACCCACUCGGAAAGACUUGCGAAUUGAUCCUACGCUCGGCGACCGUCCCCCGCCACCACCGCCAUCAACGCCCCCCGAGGUGGUUGAAAUGGAAGUCAAUCAACUUAGGCGCGAGAAUGCGGAAUUGAAGCGACUACUCACGGAGAAGACGAAGGAGGUCAAAGAAAAGUCCAUUGAGAUGGCUGGGCUCAAGAGUCAAGUUGAGUUGCUGAGCAAUAUGAUGAUGACGAGCGGGAGGGGAUUGAUGGCUGGGUAG